AUGAAUGCAUUCAACAAAACCGUCAAAGAGUUGGGAGACGUCCACAACUGGUCGCAAACCAUUGAACACGACAUGAGGACUGUCUCAUCGGCUCUCGACCCUUUAAAUGGAAAGUAUGAAGUGUUAGACUGUAUGACAAUGAAUGGCAACCAAUUGAGACAACUCGUGAAGGCCAUCGACUUCGCGGCCAUCGCUCACAGGAAUCAGUUGCGAAGAGAUGGCAAAACUCCUUAUAUUAAUCAUCCGAUUGGAGUCAUGAAUACUUUGGUCCAAUUGGCCGACUGUCAAGACAUCGACGUGUUGUGUGCGGCUGUACUUCACGACACCGUCGAAGACACGGACACCACAAUCUCAGACAUCACUGCCCACUUCGGAGCCAAUGUGAGUGCAAUUGUGGCCGAAGUGACCGACGAUAAGACACUCGCGAAGGCUGAGAGGAAGCGCCUUCAGGUGCAACACUCGCCGCACAUCAGUUUCGGCGCCAAAUUAGUUAAACUUUCGGACAAAUUGUAUAAUUUAAGAGAUCUCUUGAGGGAAACACCCAUCGGAUGGACUGAUGAUAGGGUUGACGAGUACUUCAAGUGGUCUGAACGGGUGAUCGCGGGAAUGGUCGGCACUAAUGAGGCCCUCGAAGAUGAGUUGAGACACGUGUUGGCCCUUAAGAAUGUCAUUCUUGACUGA